AUGGGGAGGGGUAGCGGUGUUUCUGGCAUAAAAGGCUGCCGGCGGGCAGCGCCCGGACGAGAGAAGGAGGAAGGGAUGUGGCGCUACGCUGCGGCUGUGCUGCCGCUCAUCAUGGUCUCGGGGGCACUGGCGCUGUGCCCGGACCCCAGCGUCCUGCGCGACGUGGACGGCGUGCGGGUGUGCGCCCGCCUCUACGAGGACAGCGACGUCCUGUACGAGCGCUGCUGCGGCGGGGGCUACUUUGACAUCCUGAGCCCCUCCGACGUGCCGAGCAUCGAACGCUUCUGGAACGACCGGGUUUCCUCGCUGGUGGUGGGGCCCCGCUGCGAACUGACCGUCUGGAACAAGUACAACAAACGUGGUUACCGGAGGAAAUUCCGCACGGGUGUGCAGUACCGCCUGGAGGAGGUUGCGAAGGGGCUGUUCGGCAACUGGGACGACUCGAUCUCCUCUUACUACUGCAAGUGCUUCUGAGACAGGGCGGCCGCGAGGGUCCAGAUCGUCGUUCUCCGGCCCACCCGCCUCUCCCCGACCCUCGCGUCUUGUCCUUCUCUGCUCCGCACCCGUCUCGGGGCAUCGCCAGAGGAUAGUGCCCCUCUCCGUGCCUAGGGGGAUGUAGUCACGGGGGUUGGGGGGCAGGGGCGCGGGUUGUUUCGACUUCCAUCUGCCUCCGACUCGUGGAACUCCGUGCCGGACGUCCUCCCCGCUCCCAGUCCUUUCCCAGACCACCCCCAGCCCUUCCCCCGCAACCGCCCCCCACCCAGUCCUUCCCUGCAACCACCCACCCCAGCCCUUCCCCGCUUACUCCCAGGCCCCCGCACCGUAGCCCUUCCUGGCACCCCCUCACCCCAAACCUUCCCCGCACCCCCUCCCCCCCCCAACCACAGCCCUUCCCAAACAUGCCAGGCAUUUGCGAUGAGGAUUUUUUCCGGAUGGGGGUGGGGUUGGGUGGGGUUUGAGGGCGCAAUCGUACCCCCUCCUUCCUCCCCCACCAACGCACACUCAAAAACCUCACCUUGCGCGAAGCUCAGCCCACCUACCCCUCCUCUUCGCGGGACGGUGCCGCGGUCGUGGGUGGGCUAGGUGGGGGAGGAGGCAGCUCGAAUGGAUUUGGUGACCAAUGGGGCAACUGCGUUGGCACAGUGCCAACCCCGCCCCCACUUUCCAAACCGCACGCGCGCUUCCCCGAGAGCCUGGCGGAGAGAGAGAGAGGGUGGGGUGGAGGUUGGGUGCGGUGUAGGGUGGGGUGCGGUGUGCGAGAGAGCGCGGAGGGAAUGGUCAGUGUCUGAGGGCGAUCCGAGCGUGUGCGAGUGUUUUGGGGGUGGGGGGUGUGGCGGUUUGUGUUAACCCACAUCUCUCCACCUCCUCGCAAACACCACCCCCCCAACUCCGGACGGACUGGGUACCAUAUCUGUGAUCUCGUCUCAUCCUGUGAAUAAAA